AUGUAUAUCGCUUUCAAUAUUGAUUGGUACUCUAGGACUGACUAACGACUCCUUUUGAAUUCCGUUGAGGCAACGAGCUCUUGGAGAACCGAGACAAUCAUUCUUUGAAGCAAAAUAGUUGUCUCGAAUUGUGUUCACUGAAACACCACCGGCUUUCAAAUCGGACAAAUAUUCGGCAGGUUCCACAGUAACUGCCUUUGUAUGAAGAAGUUCAAAAGAUUUUCUUCCAGCGCUAACAGUUUCCCCUUUAUUUAAAUCCCAUAUUGACGAUGGUUUCGACACUGCAUUUCCGUUUUUUCCAUCGGGCGUUGAAGUUGAUUUGAGAGAUAAGGUUGCGGUUUUAUUAAACGGGGGAGAUGAAUUUUUAUUUACUGGCAUUGUUGAAUAUUUGUUUAGUGAUUGGAUCCGUUGAAAUUGGGAUGAAUGGUAUAAAGGUGUAUUUGCACUCGGAGAUAUAAUUAGGGGUUUUUCUUUCGUCACAGGAUAUCCCGUUGUUUCUCCUUCCUUCGUUGUUUGAUGACUGUUUUGUGGUGAAAAUUGCUUUGGCGUUUUCGCUACAGUAGGAACUUGCUUUUGAGAAAUUGUAUCUCCACUUGGAGAAAUCGAUUCCGGGAAAUUCUUGCUGGAAAUUGUAGGAUCAUAAUACUUGUUAAAAUUCGAUUGGUAAUCAUUUGAGCGACCGUUUGUAUAUAACUUUGGGAAAUCAUUCCCACCAAAAGCUAAUUUCUGCAUUCCAUCUGGAAUAUGUGCUUCAGAGCUCAUCUCAAUUAUAUGAACCUUUUUAAUGAGGUCGGUUUUUUCAUCAUCGCUAACACUUCUUAAUGUAUAUAUAUCAAAGUCCUCAUUUCGAUUAUCGGCAUCCUUAAGAAGUACCAUAAGUUGUCUAAAAGCAGCGUAUGAAGCGCUUGUAGGUACGUCUUCAAUUAAGUGCAGCGCUGUUUUUAGCAAAGUUACAACACGGUCUUCGAGCCGUUGUUGAUUGGCACUUUGCGAAAUUUCAGACCAAUUUCUAACUCGAACAAGAACAUCUUUCAGCAUUUCAAGUUCCCUUGA